GUGGGGCUCGAGGAGGAGCCGCGGUGCAUGGUGGGGCGGCGGCGCGGCGCUGCGGCCUAGCUGGGAGACGGGCGGCAGGGAGGGCUGGGGGCGGAAGGGGUGGCGUGUCGCUGCGUCACUGCUCCGUCACCUCGGUGGUGUGGAGGGGCCCGUGGCGUCGCUGGAGGAGGAGAAGGGCGGAAAAACGACGAAGUGAAGCUGCGCGAGGCGUGCUGCCCGGCGGCGUCGGGCCGGCUCCGUGCGGGGGUCUCGGUUGGAGGCACACAAAAUGGCGGCGGGGGCGGCCGCCAGCGGCGCCGCGGGGGGCCCGGGCGAGGUGGGCCUGGAAGAGCCUAAGAAGAUGACGAGGGAAGACUGGAGGAAGAAGAAGGAGCUGGAGGAACAGAGAAAGCUGGGGAACGCGCCUGCUGAAGUGGACGAAGAAGGGAAAGAUAUCAAUCCUCAUAUUCCUCAGUACAUUUCUUCAGUGCCAUGGUACAUAGAUCCUUCUAAAAGGCCUACGCUAAAGCAUCAGAGACCCCAGCCAGAGAAGCAGAAACAGUACAGCUCUUCUGGAGAUUGGUACAAACGAGGAGUUCAAGAGCAUGCAAUAGCUACCAGAUACCGUAAAGGAGCUUGUGAGAACUGUGGUGCGUUGACACACAAAAAGAAAGACUGCAUGGAGAGACCCAGGAAAGUUGGAGCAAAAUACACAGGCAUGAAUAUUGCACCAGAUGAACAUGUGCAACCUGAACUGAUGUUUGAUUACGAUGGAAAGCGAGAUCGUUGGAAUGGCUAUAACCCAGAAGAGCACAUGAAGAUUGUAGAGGAGUAUGCCAAGGUUGAUCUGGCCAAACGUACACUGAAGGCGCAGAAGCUUCAGGAAGAGUUAGCAUCAGGAAAGUUGGAGCAAGUGAACUCCCCAAGACACCAGUGGGGAGAAGAGGAACCAAAUUCCCAGACAGAAAGAGAACGUAACAGUGAAGAUGAAGAUGAAGAUAAAUAUGCAGAUGACAUUGAUAUGCCUGGGCAGAACUUUGACUCUAAAAGACGUAUCACAGUCCGAAAUUUACGUAUUCGGGAAGAUAUUGCAAAAUACCUAAGGAAUCUAGAUCCAAACUCAGCUUAUUAUGAUCCCAAAACAAGAGCGAUGAGAGAGAACCCAUAUGCCAAUACAGGCAAGAAUCCAGAUGAAGUUGGUUAUGCAGGUGACAACUUUGUUCGUUACACUGGAGAUACCAUUUCAAUGGCACAGACUCAGUUGUUUGCUUGGGAGGCUUAUGACAAAGGCUCAGAAGUGCAUCUUCAAGCGGACCCUACAAAAUUAGAGCUACUCUAUAAAUCCUUCAAAGUGAAAAAAGAGGAUUUCAAGGCACAGCAGAAAGAAAGCAUCUUAGAGAAGUAUGGAGGACAAGAACAUCUAGAUACCCCACCAGCUGAAUUGCUGUUAGCUCAAACAGAAGAUUACGUGGAGUAUUCUAGACAUGGGACAGUUAUCAAAGGACAAGAGAAAGCUAUUGCAUGUUCUAAAUAUGAAGAAGAUGUGAAGAUCAACAACCAUACAUGCAUUUGGGGUUCAUACUGGAAAGAAGGCAAGUGGGGUUACAAAUGCUGCCACUCAUUUGUCAAGUACUCAUACUGUACAGGAGAAGCUGGGAAAGAAAUUGCUAAUGCUGAAGCAAGCUUACUAGAAGAGCAACCCAGAGAGGAAGAACACAUGACAAAACCCAAAACACUGAUGGAGAUCCACCAAGAGAAACAGAAAGAGAAGAAAAAGAAGAAACAUAAGAAGAGCUCAAAUUCAGACAGCGAGGGUGAAGAGAAAAAGAAGCAAGAAAAACUUAAAAAGGCAUUAAAUGCAGAAGAGGCUCGUCUCCUCCAAGUUAAAGAAAUUAUGCAGUUAGAUGAGAGGAAGAGACCAUACAACAGUGUAUAUGAAACCAGAGAGCCAACAGAAGAGGAAAUGGAAGCCUAUAGAAUGAAACGUCAGAGACCUGAUGAUCCCAUGGCCUCUUUUCUUGGACAGUAGCCUUGAUGAAAAUCAUUCCAGUACACGGGAAUUUUUUUCCAUACUAGUUUACGAGUCUAUAGACGCUUACCUUCCACGUGGCUAAUAAAUGCCAGAAAUGGCAGAGAUUUUCUUUGCAACACAGAUGUUGGUAAAAACUUCUUUCAGUAGAUGUAAGCAGUCCAGUACUUGGAGCAAUUUUGUAUGUGUGUGUAUGUACGCACAUAAUUUGUGACCGUGUGUGUAUAGGUACGUACACACAUAUAUAUGCGUGUGUGUGUACACAUAGAUGAUGAAGAAGAAGAAUACAUCCACUCUAAACUCUCGAUUGGAAGAGAAAUGAUCUGAUACUGGCUGUAAUUCCAGAAAUUCCAGAUUCAUUUGGCAAUGCAUGAAGACUUGAUAAAUUCAGUAAAACUGACUACCCAAAAGAAGUGAUCGGCAGGUGUCGCUGUUAAUAUAAAGCAGAAAUUGUCGAAGAUAAAUUUGUACACCUACUGAAGUCUAACUUUUAUUUGUAAAUGGACUUGCCUGUCACAUGGCUUUAAAAGGAGAAAUAGUUGAUUUGAUCACUUUUAUAGUAAGAAUUUUGGAAAUGUAAAAUUGAUUGUACAGUUUUGGUUAAAUUAAUAUAAAGGUCUUAAAUGCUAUGUAUCUGUUGUAACUAAAAGGCUAGAAGAAACUGUAUAAAGCUUUUAAAUUCUGAUUAUUUCUGCAGAUGUUAACAUAUAUUUCAGCUGUGAAGAUCUAAGUUUUUUGGUUUUCUGUUUUAAAACAAUAUACAUCUUACUUCUACAACUUCCAGAAUCCUGUUACAUGGUGGGAUGCUAAGUGUUAGACUAAUACCUUGUGAUGUCAUGCAGCAUUUGCUAUAUGUUUGGCAGUAUUCCUCCUUAAACUGGGAAUUCUCCACUGUAGCUAUUAAAAGUUGAAAAAAUGGGAAAAAAACUUGAUGCCAUAGCUUUAGAGGCAGAAGGAUUGACAAUUUGUUCUAUUGAAGCUUAAACAGUCUCAUUAAAUGUGGCUUACAUAUAACCAAAUUAA